AUGGAUAUUAUUACUCUCACCAAUUCAACUCUGCUCUACAUGGACUCAAACCUGGAACGUUUAAGCGACAUAUAUCCUUCCUUUGAGCUUUUCUUAAGGUUGGGAGCAAAUGUAGUUACUCUUCUUCUUGUUUUGAUUCUCACUGUCACAGUAAUGAGAAGAAAUGGUAGAUGUAACACAAGGAAAAGCUACAUUGAGAAGAGUGUGUUGUAUGUAAUACCUGCACUUGGAGCAUGUUUGUCUUGCGUGGACCUUGUGGUGCUUGUCAUGAGGACAAACCCUAAAAGAGAUUUCAUUCUUUGCUUCCUCCCUCUGUCUCGUCUCGCAAUGUGGAUUUCCGUCAUGCUCUCAUCGAUUCUUUCAUGUGCUUGCUGCGUUUUCAGUAGCAAGAUAAUAUGUUUCUGGUGGAUCUUUAGAUUCCUAACGGAAGCACUUCAUCUCAACAUGAUAUUCACUUUACCGACUUUGGAGAUUUGCCUGAUCAUGUUGGACAUUGCUUUUGGUAUCUCUAUCAACGUUCUUAGGAUAAAGCAGGAACCUUUCAAGAUCAGUUCUCUGGAGGAUCCACUUAUUGAGGAAGGUGAUGAUGAUCAAAGGCACAUUAGAAGUAGCAGCUGGUGGGAUUUAUUCACAUUUGGAUACAUCAGUUUAGUGAUGAAACAUGGAUCGACGAAGCAGCUCGAAUUCAAAGAUCUACUUCCACUUCCACCUGAUAUGGAUCCUUGUACAAGCUGUGAGAAUCUGUUGAGAUGCUGGCAACUUCAAGAAUGCAAUUACAGCUCAAAUCCUUCACUGUUCUGGUCAAUCUCUGGUGUGUAUGGAUGGCCAUAUCUUCGUCUUGGACUCUUGAAGGUGUUCAAUGAUUGCAUUGGCUUUGCAGGCCCAUUAUUACUCAACAGACUCAUCAAGUAUCUUCAAAAAGGUUCAGAAAGUUCAGUUGGCUAUACACUCGCUAUCUCCUUGGGCCUCACAUCUAUCUUUAAGUCCUUUCUUGAUACACAAUACACAUUUCGUCUCUCAAAGCUUAAACUGAAGCUACGUUCUAGUAUAAUGAGUGUCAUCUACAGAAAGUGUUUGUGGGUGAGCACAGCGAACCGGUCUGGUUUUUCAGAGGGAGAGAUUCAAACAUUUAUGUCGGUAGAUGCUGACAGGAUUGUCAACUUGUGCAACAGUUUGCAUGAUAUGUGGAGCCUGCCUUUGCAAAUUGGGAUAGCUUUGUAUCUUUUGUAUACUCAAGUCAAGUUUGCUUUUCUUUCUGGACUUGCAAUCACCAUCUUACUGAUACCUGUCAAUAAAUGGAUAUCUAUGCUGAUUGCUUCUGCUACAGAGAAAAUGAUGAAGCUAAAAGAUGAGAGGAUAAGAAAGACAGGAGAGCUUCUUACAAACAUCCGCACACUGAAAAUGUAUGGUUGGGAUAACUGGUUUGCUAAUUGGUUGAAGGAAACAAGAGCCACCGAAGUGACUCACUUAGCGACGAGGAAGUAUUUGGAUGCUUGGUGUGUUUUCUUUUGGGCAACGACACCAACUCUUUUUUCUCUUUGCACUUUUGGUCUCUAUGCACUGAUGGGUCAUCAACUUGAUGCAGCAACGGUUUUUACUUGUCUUGCUCUUUUUAAUAGCUUAAUCUCUCCAUUAAACUCGUUCCCAUGGGUCAUCAAUGGUCUCAUUGAUGCCUUUAUAUCCACCAGGCGUGUGAGCAAGUUUCUGCGUUGCUCGGAGCAUAGUAGAGAUUCCUCUAUAGAUUCUUGUUUCAUCUCUGAAGACUUAGCUGUGUUUGUAGAAGAUGCAUCUUGUAUUUGGUCAAGGGACGUUGAAGAGGAACACAACUUGAUUAUAAAACAAGUAAGCCUAAGAGUGCCAAAGGGAACAUUUGUUGCAAUUAUCGGUGAGGUUGGUUCAGGUAAAACAUCUUUGUUGAAUUCACUAUUAGGAGAAAUGCAGUGUGUUGAUGGAUCAAUACUACUAAAUGGCUCUGUUGCAUACGUUCCACAGGUCCCUUGGAUUUUAUCUGGAACUGUACGUGACAAUAUCUUAUUUGGGAAGACUUUUGACUCCAAAAGGUAUUUGGACACACUGAGUGCUUGUGCACUAGAUGUGGAUAUUUCGCUUAUGGUCGGAGGCGACAUGGCAUUUAUAGGCGAUAAAGGAGUUAACUUAUCUGGAGGACAGAGAGCUCGGCUUGCUUUGGCCAGGGCUAUUUAUCAUGAUUCAGACAUGUAUCUGCUUGAUGAUGUACUGAGUGCAGUUGAUUCACAAGUAGGAUCCUGGAUUUUGCAAAGAGCACUUGUUGGUCCUCUCUUGAACAAAAAGACUCGCAUUAUGUGCACUCACAACAUUCAGGCAAUAUCUAGUGCAGAUAUGGUUGUUGUGAUGGAAAAAGGAAAAGUGAAAUGGUCAGGAGCUGUUACUGAUAUGCCUAAAUCCAUCUCUCCAACAUUUUCUUUAUCCAACGAAUUUGAUAUGUCAUCCUCAAAGAGCUUAACCAAAAGACAAGAAUCUCUUUCUGUCAAUAAAGAUGAUGAAGCAGAUGAAGUUAGUGAGUUAGCUGCAGAUAUUGUCAAAGUAGAGGAAAGAAAAGAGGGCAGAGUUGAAGUAACUGUUUAUAGGAACUAUGCUGUGUUUUGUGGAUGGUUCAUCACAAUUGUAAUAUUACUUUCAGCUGUUUUGAUGCAAGCUUCUCGUAAUGGGAAUGAUUUGUGGUUAUCAUAUUGGGUUGAUAAGACAGGAAGAGGAGUAACACAUUACUCAACCUCGUUUUAUCUGAUGAUUCUCUCUAUCUUCUGCAUCAUUAACUCGAUAUUAACAUUGGUGAGGGCAUUCUCGUUUGCAUAUGGAGGACUAACAGCAGCAGUGCGUGUUCACAGUGAAUUAAUCUGUAAGCUUAUCAAUGCACCUACACAGUUCUUUGAUCAGACACCAAGUGGAAGAAUACUUAAUAGGUUUUCAUCUGAUCUAUAUACAAUCGAUGACUCUCUCCCGUUUAUUCUCAACAUUCUUCUAGCAAAUUUUGUUGGCUUGUUAGGGAUUGUUCUUGUAUUGUCUUACGUUCAGGUUCUUUUCCUACUUCUGCUUCUGCCAUUUUGGUAUAUAUACAGCAAGCUUCAGUUCUUCUACAGGUCAACAUCAAGAGAACUACGAAGGUUGGAUAGUGUUUCACGAUCACCAAUCUAUGCAUCUUUCACGGAGACACUUGAUGGAUCAUCAACUAUCAGGGCUUUUAAGUCUGAGGAUCAUUUCGUAGCUAGAUUCAUCGGGCACUUGACGUUAUACCAGAGGACUUCUUACUCAGAGAUCAUUGCAAGCUUGUGGCUCUCCUUGCGUCUUCAGUUGUUAGGAGCAAUGAUUGUCUUAUUUGUAGCUGUAAUGGCUGUGAUUGGCUCCCAAGGAAACUUUCCGAUUAGUUUUGGCACACCUGGAUUGGUGGGAUUGGCGCUAUCAUAUGCAGCACCAUUGGUUUCUUUGUUAGGAAGCUUCUUGACAAGCUUUACAGAAACAGAGAAGGAAAUGGUUUCUGUUGAAAGGGUUCUCCAAUACAUGGAUGUGCCUCAAGAAGAAGUCUCUGGUCGCCAAUCUCUUACCGGAAAGUGGCCGGUUCAGGGAUUGGUUGAGUUUCAUAAUGUGACAAUGAGAUACAUCUCAACUCUGCCUCCGGCUCUCAACAACAUCUCUUUCACAAUCCAAGGAGGAACACAUGUGGGAGUAAUCGGAAGAACUGGUGCCGGAAAAUCAUCGAUCUUGAAUGCCCUUUUCCGGCUAACCCCUGUUUGCAAUGGAGAUAUAAUUGUUGAUGGAGUUAACAUAAACCAUCUUCCAGUAAGAGAGCUUCGUUCUCGCCUUGCUGUUGUUCCUCAGAGCCCUUUUCUGUGUCAUGGAUCAUUAAGGGACAAUCUUGAUCCUCUUGGGUUGAGUGAGGAUUGGAGAAUCUGGGAGAUCUUAGAGAAGUGUAAAAUUAAGGCAGAGGUAGAGACUGCAGGAGGGUUAGAUUCGAAUGUAAAAGAAUCUGGAUGUUCUUUCUCUGUUGGGCAGAGACAGCUUUUGUGCCUCGCUCGGGCUCUGCUCAAGUCGUCCAAGAUCUUAUGCCUUGAUGAAUGCACAGCAAACAUCGAUGUUCAUACGGCUUCUUUACUGCAGAACACGAUCUCGAGCGAAUGCAAUGGCGUUACUGUGAUUACCAUCGCUCACCGCAUUUCGACGGUUCUUGAUUUGGACAGCAUCUUGAUUCUUGAUCGUGGAAUCUUGGUUGAACAAGGAGAACCACAGCGUCUUUUGCAAGAUGACUCUUCAAUUUUCUCAAGCUUUGUUAGUGCUUUAAAGUGA